AAUACUAACUAAUGCUUAUUCAAAAACGAAUAAAACGUAACUGAUAUUUAUGUUUUAAUCAGGAAUUUUCGUUUUAUGAAAAAAAGCAUUAAUUUUAAAUACAUGUCACUGAAACUCAUACGUUUUAAUUAUUCUACGCGCGUAAGCCCAUGUCAUAACAACGACCCGAUUUGGCCCAGUCAUAAUUCAAUCUUUUUCUACUGUCAUGGAAGCAUGAGAGAUUUAAAAAUAGAAAAAAUUUUUCCUUAGCGUGAUUAAUAUCCGGCUGUAACAAUUAUGAAUUUGUACUUUUGCAAGUCGUUAGACCACUCGAGAGCGAAGAAAAGCAAGUACCGUCAGGGGGCGUAGAAGAUUUGUUUCUGUUUUUAGAACAGCUCGUCGCCCUGGGGAACGGGCUUCCUCUCCUAUACGACGUGUUGCCCACUUGCCACAGUUUGCAUUAGAACUACAUACGCGCGUCGUACAGCGACUCGGCCCCACCGUAUAAUACGUUAUCAAUUUUUCAUUAGGUUAAGGAAGACGUUGCAAUCGCACACAAAUGUGAAUCGAUUUUCGGAAAAGUUCAACGUCCAAUUCUCAAUGAUGAUCGUGGCCAUCGAAUCGUUAUCGACGACGCUGUGAGGUAGAUACUCUAAAAAUACAAUCGGCCGAUCAUGAGCUGAAAGAGUGACAGGUGAAAACUAGCGCUGCGCGAACACGCGGGAAAUCGACUGCGAGAAUUCAAACAAAGAAAUAGAAGAAGAUCCGACAAGAUGCCUUCGGCGUCGCAAUUGUCAUUGAUCUAUCAGGUUCUACUCUACUUGAAUGGGUUCUACUUCAGUAUGUUCGCGAUAUGCGAAUUUUGUAUAAAAAUCGUCAAGACUUACAGUUUUCAAGCGAGUUUUACAAACGUGACGACGGAGUUUGCCGUGCUAUUUUUAUUUGUGUCAACGGAAGUGAUACGAAAUUUACUUGGCAAAAGAGGAAAUUUACUUGAUCAUGGAUUACCUUUUCUAUUUGGACUAUUUCUCAUUGUACCCAGUAUCUUGUCUACUUUGUACUUCUUGUUUUGGCAAGACCGUACUCUAAGAUUGGAACAGAUUUUGUGCAUUAUUCAAUUAAUAUUUUUCACAGUUGAAGCAUCAGUUGGCAUGUUAUUCCUUUGUGUCGUUUGGAAGAGACCACCACCAGAAGGCUGA